AUGAUAUCAACUAGUAUACUUUUAUUGGUGGCUUUAAGUCAUACAUGUGUCUCUAUUGAUAUCACAUAUCCUGUGUUUGGAUAUUAUGUUCAAGGACAACCUGCUGCCUUUGGAGAUUUUGAUUCUGAUGAACUUACAGAUAUGUUUGUACUAAAAGAUCAAGGUCGAUCUAUUGAAAUUAUGUUUGGUUCUAAUGUUGAACCUUUUUUAAAGCCUGGUACACAAACUAAAUGCAAGUUUAAUAAACACCAAAUUACAUCGGUGGUGCCUGGAGACUUCAAUGGUGAUGCUCUUAUGGAUCUACUGGUUACUGUAAAAAACAUAACAGUUGGUUCAGGAGGGUUUUCCAAUUGGUUUUCAACAAAUAAACAGAAUAAUGAUUUAGAUGUACAUAUACUGUGGGGAGGAUUAAAUGUUUUGGCAUGUCCAAAUGAAGAUGAACCACUUUUCACUAUUAUUGACCAACCUUUGGUUAUUAACUAUGACAGCAAUAUGAUAGUAGAUUUAUUUGGUGUCAAAAAAUUGGCAAAUGGUACAGCACAAAGAAUGUUUUGGCUGUUCAAUUCAACUGGAAACUUCACGGAAAUGGCAAUGGAUAACUAUAAAUCUGAAGAGAUAAGAAUUCCUCAAUCACACGGAUUUGUAGACUUAGGCGGAGAUGUUGCACCUGAUUUAUAUUUAACAACUACAAAGGGAUAUGAAGUGUGGCUUUCGGAUUCUGAAGUUGAUGCAUUUAUUUUUAACCAAACUAUCUCAUUUCCUGACAAUUUAAAGGUGUCAAAUGUUGGUCAAACUGCUUUCAUGGACUUACAACUUAAAGGGCGCAUGGAUCAUAUUGUCCCUGUUUGUUUUGAUACACAAUGUACCAACAGUACUAUUUAUUUUUAUGAUUCAACUCGUUGGUAUAAUUUGGGAAUAAAUUUCCAUAAUGGUAACAGUGUUUGGGGAUUUGUACCACCAAUGCCUAAUGUACCAUAUCUAGAAACAAUCACGGUACGCCCUGGUGAUUUCAAUAUGGAUGGCUACCCUGAUUUAUUAGGCACAUUGUGUCUUGGAGGCAGUACAAAAAAAACAAAAGUAAUUUUAAUGGAAAAUGUUGCAUGUACGACAGGCUGUGAUGGGUUUGACAGAACAUUUGUUGUUCGAUGGGACUUACUUCAGGCAAUGAAUGGUGACAAAAACAACAUUAUGGGAGCAUUUUAUGAUUUUUUUCAAAAUGGUAUAUUAGAUGUGUUGUUAGUUAGUGGAGGUAAUGGAGAGUACAAUAUGUCAGCUUUUAAGAACAGUUUGGACUAUGAUGCAAAUUUUUUGAAAGUAAUGGUUGUUACUGGUUUGACAAAUAGUAAAUAUGAAAUGUUACCAAGUCGAUUGGGAAAAAAAUCUCGGACAUUUGGUACUAACUUACCUGGACCAAAAGUUAGCUACGUGACUACCACACAGGAUGGGUAUCCACGUCAAGGCAUAGCUACACAGUUACCCCAGUCUGCGUAUUAUUCUCUUUAUUUGCCUUACACAAUAUUUGGACUUGGACGUACUCCUAACUUUGUAGAUGAACUUACUGUUUCGGUUUUAAAUGAAACCCGUUCUUGGACACAAAUUAUCCCAAAUUCUCAAAUGGUUGUAAUUCCAAAUCCAAUAAAUGAUCCAAGUAGAUGGAAUGCUAAACUAUUUGUGACACCAAGUCGUUUAAUAUUUCAAAGUGCAGCUGCACUUGCAGGUACAUGCCUACUUAUUUUAGUUAUAAUUGGAGUGCUGUACUUUAAAGAACGACAAGAAGAUCGUAUUGAAAAACGCCAGGAAGCACAUAAAUUUCAUUUUGAUGCUAUGUAA